UUUUCUUUGCUUUCGUGUACCUCUCUAGAAACGUCCUCACAACCGCUAUCUACUGAUAAUGUAAAUAAUGAUAAAACAUUAACAGAUGAUAAGAUUGCUGAGCUUGCUGCCCAGUUAGAAACUAGGCCGAUUGAACCCAUGGAAGGACCGGUCGCAAUGGACAUGUACUCCGACGCACGGCACAACUUUAUUGGGGACUCAAGCAAAGCAGAAACGCAUAUAACAGAAACAUAUUCCGGCAUUGCCAGAACAGCUUUACGAUUAGGCGACAUCAAAAGAGGUAUGACGCUGGCCAAACAAAGUGGAAAUCCGUCAUUACUAAAGGAAUGCGCAGCAAUUCUUGAAGAAAACAAGGCUUGGCCAGAAGCUGCCACCCUUUUCGAAGCAAUGGGUAGCAACGAAGCAGCAGUUGCCGCAUAUCUUCGCGCUAAGAACUACAAGCGUGCUGGUAUCUUACUUUCUAAUGCAAGUUAUAUUGACCUAACUGCUUCUUUCCUAUUCCAUUAG